GUCAUCGCGCACACUUGCGGUCAGGAAGCAAAGCAAGAAGGAAAAAGUAUAUACAUAUAUAUAUCAGGAGUACAGCUGCCCGUAAAUUGCUUUCUUUUCUUCUGCUGCAUCUCUCCUCCUUUUUUCUCAUACGUUGACGCCCCUCCCCCCCCCCCUUCCCACAAACACACGUGUAUUAAAAUUCGCCUUCGCAUCUCUCUUAUACCUUUCAUUUUAGACUCGUGUCCUUGUCGUUGGUGUUGGUGUGUGUGUGUGUGUGUGUUUCUGCUGUAAAUCAUCUUCCUUGUAGUUUGAAGAUACUCAAAACGGUUUUCAGUAAUAAUUCUUUUAAAAGAAAAUUAAGUUCCGUGACGUCGCCCCCUCUCGUUUUGUUGACGUCGGCGUCGUCGUCAGAGAAGCCGGUGGCCUGCGUUAUUUUUUUUUCUCCUUUUGCUGUUUUUUCCUCUGCAAGGUUCACGGCGCUACUCGUGACUCUCCCAUCAAAAAGAAGAAGACAAGAAAUACUUAUUGUGUGCAUCUAUUUAAAGAAAGAAAAGGAGAGAGGCCAACGCCGGGUUUAGCGCGGUUAAGUCCGGUUUCGUCUCAAUUUCUCUCUUUGGAAGGAGGGGUUUGUUAUUCUUCACAUAUCUUUAUUCCUUUUUUCCCUCCUCAGCAUCUCCACGCUUUUCGCACGAGACUAUCACGCCUUCUCAGUGGUUCAAUCCUUUCUUCUUCCCCCCUCCCCCCUCCCCCUCGCGCCGGUCCGUGAGUGCGGGAUUACAGAGUCCUUCCUUGUGCCUUUUCGACUGCUGAGAACCACCAAAAGUCUUCUCGUCUGUUUGUCUGUGUGUUGUGGUGUUUCUUCUACUCGCUCUCGUGCUUCUUCACCGUCGCUCUCUCCCGUCCCGCACACAAGGAGAAUUUUAUUAUUAUUAUUAUUUGCUGCUGCUGCUGCCAUCUCUCCCCUCCCGCCUCCCAUCAAACUUCUCUUGGCGCCGGCGAGUGCCUUUCACAGCAGCAAACCAACAUCACGCCUUAUUUGUUUGAUUCUUACUCUUAUUGUUACUAUUGAGUUGUUGCACGUUCCGUCUUUUCCUUUCGUACACAACACCUUCUUAGAAUUCAAUUGUCUCCCUCUUUCACGUCUCAUCUAUUUCUCUUUAUCAUAUUAUUUUCCUUUCUUCUUUUCCAAUCUAAUAACAAAGUAACUGAUCAUGGCGGAAGAUAACCCGUUGAGUCUGGCGCAGCAGCAGCAGCAGCAGCGCCCUGCCCAGACACCCACCGGUAGCCAAGGCUUCUUCAUGGCGCUGUUGAGUCCCCUUUACAGCUCCCCGCGCAACCUUCCCUCGCGGGACAGCAGCGCAAAUCUUGACGCACAGGCCACCUCCACCUCCACCACUACCACGCCCUCGGCAUCCCCAACCACCGCGUCGCCGCACCCACAACGUGGUGCGCUGACGGCGACAAACAACUCCGCUCCUCUGUCGCUGAUUACGGCCAAAGAGCAGCCGCCGUACGAGAGCCGCGUGAGCAGCGCCGCGUGGUCGCCGCAAAACGGUGGGCGUGUGCAGCCGCGGUUGCCCUUUCCCCCACCCGCGAUGACACCGGCAGAGGGGGGUCGUUUGCCGGGGCCGGUGAGCGUGGUGGGUGGUGAGGCGUACGUCACAUCACACCACAACGCCGUUGCCGCGACGGCGGUGCCAAAGGGGGGUGCGUCGGGCCUACCAGCACUCUCCGCGUCGCCGUCUGCGCAGGGCAGCGUCCUGCAGCACGGCUCCGGUGCGUGCGCGCCGCACAUGUUGGGCUAUCGCCAGUGCUUAGAGGUGAACCCGGAUUUCAAAACCAACUGCACGUGGGCGCUGGAUAACUACAUGCGGUGUAAGGAGGACACGGAGCUGUAA